AUGCCUGAAACCAUGUCUAUAGUCACCAACUCUAACCCUCCUAAAGAUAACAUUUUUCCUUUUCAAUGUCCUGUUCUUACCUCCACAAAUUAUAAUACCUGGGCGAUUAAGAUGGAAGCAAUAAUGGAUGCUCACGGGUUGUGGGAUGCCAUUGAACCACCAACCGGUGUGGUUGUGGAAGAGAAGAAAAUAAAGCAAGCUAGAGCCUUUAUUUUCCAAUCAAUUCCGGAGGAGAUUCUCUCUCAGGCUGCCAGGAAGAAAACAGCCAAAGAAGUUUGGGACUCCCUGAAAUCCAGGUAUGUUGGAGCUGAACGGGUGAAGAAGGCUAGAUUACGAGUCCUGAAAAGUGAGUUCGAAGCCUUGCAAAUGAAAGAUGGUGAAACCAUCGAUGAAUAUGCCGGGAAGCUUUCUGCAAUGAUUUCGAAAUAUAGUAGUGUCGGGGCAGUGCUGGAAGAUGAAGGAUUGGUUAGAAAAUUGUUUGACUCAGUUCCUGAAAAGUUUAUCAAUUUGGUGGCAUCAAUCGAGCAAAGUUCAGAUAUGGAUACCAUGCCUUUCGAGGAGGCAAUAGGCCACUUAAAGGCCUAUGAAGACCGGUUGAGACUCCGCAAGAAUAAGACUUCCGAGGAGGAGGCUUUGCUAUUUUCCAGAGCAGAUGGAUCUGCUGGUCAAAGGGGCUCAAAUAAAACGACAGGUGGUCGUGGUCGUGGUCGCGGUGGAACGUAUGACAGGGGAGGAAGGACAGGUAUGCGUGGUCGGGGGUCGACCCAUGGCAGAGGUGGACAUUCGGGUGGCAAGUCACAGCAAGAGACUAGUGGGUCAAGCAAGAAACCGAGAGACAAAAGCCAUAUCAAGUGUUUUGAAUGCAACAACUAUGGACAUUUUGCUUCGAAAUGUAAGACAAAGAAGCAAGAUGAAGCAGUAAAUUUAACUCAAGAACAAGAGGAAGAAUCAACACUCUUGCUAAGUGUGUGUGGUGAAGAGACUUCAUCUAUGGUAUUAUUAAAUGAAGAAAAAGUAAACCCAAGUGUGUAUAAAGAAAGUGAUGUUGCUGUGAAUACCUGGUACCUUGAUAAUGGUGCCAGUAAUCACAUGACUGGACUCAAAGAUUUGUUUGCUGAAUUGGACUAG